AUGGUUCCUCUUACAGGUUCAUCUGCAGCUGAUUGGUCACGGGAACCAGAUAUUUCAAAUUGGGCAGACCAGAAAAUGAUGGAUUCUAGUAGUACCCAUUUGGGAAAGAGAUGGUCAUCUCAGCCGCAUCCAUCCUCGGUGAAACUCACUGAAUCAAAAGAACAACUGUAUAGAACUUCAUCUUACCCUGAACAACUACAACAUCAUCCUCAUUCUGACCCCAUUCUUGUGCCCAAGUCAUCCUUCAGCUCGUAUCCUCCACCUGGUGGUCAGCUCCAUGCUUCACCUAAUCAGUCGCAAUUUUCUCCUGGAAAUCCUCUGUCUUUUCCUGGACCGAUCAUUUCCCAUCCUCCCUACGGAAUGCACUCUGGUAAUGCCAUGCCUCAUCAGUUCUUUCCUCAUAGACUUCCAAAUAAAAAUGGAACCCAUCAAAAUAAUUGGGUGAACCAGAGAAGUGUAUUCUAUGAAAAUCAUGUGCCACCUUUGCCUGGUAUCGUGCAUCAGCAGUUACCGUCCAAUGGGUUGAUGUCUUCACAGUUACUGCAGCAGCAGCAGCAAAGACUGCAUUCUAUGCAGGCACCGUUAUUUAAUGUGCAUUCGUCUCCUCCAUCUCACAUGAUGAACAAGUGUGAACCUAUGUUGGGGAUGCCAGAUGUUAGAGAGCAAAGACAAAAACCGUACCACUGGGGGCGCCAACAAGCAGCCAAUACGCGAUUUGGUCAAUCAAGCUUUGAUACAAGUGGCCAACGAAGUGAUAAUGGUUGGCCUCAAUUUCGUUCAAAGUACAUGUCAGCUGAAGAGGUUGAGAACAUUCUUAGAAUGCAGCAUGCUGCUACUCAUUGCACUGAUCCAUAUAUAGAUGAUUACUACCAUCAACCAUGCCUAGCCCAAAAGUCUGCUGGAUCAAGGGUGAAACACCAUUUUUGCCCUUCACAUUUGAGGGAUAUGCCUCCACGUGCACGUGCAAAUUCAGAACCACAUGCCUACUUGCAGGUUGAUGCACUUGGGCGUGUUCCAUUUUCUUCUAUCCGAAGGCCUCGUCCUUUGCUUGAAGUUGAUCCACCUUCAUCAUCAAAUGAUAUCACCUUUGAUCAAAAGCCUAUUGAGAAACCUCUUGAGCAAGAGCCUAUGCUUGCAGCUAGGAUCAUGAUUAAAGAUGGACUUUGUCUUUUACUGGAUGUUGAUGAUAUUGACCGUGUGUUGCAAUUUACUCAGCCACAAGAUGGUGGUGCCCAUCUUCGACGGAGGAGGCAGGUUCUUUUGGAGGGGCUAGCUGCCUCUUUGCAACUGGUUGAUCCACUUGGCCAUAGCAAAAGGCAGCCAUCCUGA